ACCGCAUCUUGCAACAUCACGGGCACAUAUCUUCCACACCAAUAUCCUAGAUCUGCAAACUUGCCAAUUGCACUCUGCCUGCACAAUUGUGAAGUCUCAAGAGCUGGAACACAAGACACCAUCCCGCCAUUCGCGCGUGGUUGAUAAGAGCCAGGACCGGGAGCGAUAGCGGAGCCCCAGACCCCAAGCCCUACUCCACACCAAAAAAACAUCAACAUGGUCUCCCAACUCGAGCAAGAAAUAGAGCACGCAGAGUCGGGCUCCGGCCGCGUCGCAAAAGACCUCUUUGCGGGUGCCGUCGGCGGCGUCGCCCAAGUGCUGCUGGGCCAGCCCUUCGACAUUGUCAAAGUGCGUCUGCAGACCACUUCCCAGUACUCGGGCGCCCUGCACGCGGCAACCAGCAUCUACAAGUCCGAGGGCGCGCUGGCGUUCUACAAGGGCACGCUGACCCCGCUGAUUGGCAUCGGCGCGUGCGUGUCUGUGCAAUUCGGUGGCUUCAACGCCGCGCGCCGGUACUUCGAGGGCCAGAAUGCUGCGAAGACAGGUAGUCCUGCGCUGUCGUACACCCAGUACUAUGCGGCAGGUGCUUUUGCGGGCGUCGCCAACACCGCGCUCUCCUCGCCCAUCGAGCACAUCCGCAUCCGGCUGCAGACGCAGCCCAGCGGGUCCGCACGCCUGUACACCGGACCGCUGGACUGCGUGCGCAAACUCGCCGCGCACCAGGGCGUACUCGGCGGCGUGUACCGCGGCACCGCCGUCACCUUCCUGCGCGAAGCCCAGGCCUACGGGAUGUGGUUCACGACGUUCGAGUACCUGAUGAACGCGGACGCGGCGCGCAACGGGGUCAAGCGCGAGGACAUUUCGACGCUGAAGGUCGCCGCGUACGGCGGGCUGGCGGGCGAGAUGCUGUGGAUUAGUAGUUAUCCGUUUGACGUGGUCAAGAGCAAGAUGCAGAGUGAUGGGUUCGGGGGCGCGCAGAAGUAUAAGAGUAUGCGGGAUUGCUUUGCGAAGGUGUGGGCGGCGGAGGGGGCAAGGGGGUUUUGGAAAGGCAUUGGGCCGACGCUGUUGAGGGCUAUGCCGGUCAGUGCGGGGACGUUUGCUACGGUUGAGGUUACGAUGCGUAUGAUCAGUUAGAGAGGGGUGGAUUGGCUGUGGAUGUGAGGUGGGCUGAAAGUUGUUGUAAGGGAGCGAGUCUUGAGGGCGGACCUGGAGAAGAGCAGGGACUGGGAUUGGAUUGGAUUGAUUGAACUAGAUCAUCGGAAUGAAUAGACGGACGGAACUGGAUGAAGAGACUGAGGGAACAGGACCAAGAGGAUAUACAUGAAUAGACGGGAUUAAAAGAAGACAAUCAAACGGACGACACAGCAAGUCCGGUUCGACUUUUUCCUCUCAUCCCAAACACAUCACACUUCCAGUCCACAUGAGUCUACAAUCCCAGCCCGUCCUAUUCCCAGCCCCGGUCCUACACCCCGGUCUCUUGGCUUGGGGGAGACGACGGGUCUUCUGAGCCCCCACCCACCCC